UAUAGCGAGGCCUGGAGUGGGCGUGGCCAACGUGGAGUGGGCUGUAGCGGACCCUGUCGGACCCACCGUCUGUGCGCGCUUCCGGGUGUCACCCCCAGAGGGCGCCGUCCGCGGAGCCGUCCGCACAGUUUCGAGGCCGUACCGAGCGCAGCGCCGCCCCACUCCCCCCAGCCGCCGCCAUGAAGGCCGUGGUGCAGCGCGUCACCCGGGCCAGCGUCACAGUCGGAGGAGAGCAGAUAAGCGCCAUUGGACGGGGCAUCUGUGUGUUGCUGGGUAUUUCCCUGGAAGAUACGCAGAAGGAACUGGAGCACAUGGUCCGAAAGAUUUUGAACCUGCGUGUGUUUGAGGAUGAGAGUGGGAAGCACUGGUCGAAGAGUGUGAUGGACAAGCAGUACGAGGUACUGUGUGUCAGUCAGUUCACCCUGCAGUGUGUGCUCAAGGGGCACAAACCCGACUUCCACCUGGCAAUGCCCACGGAGCAGGCAGAGGGCUUCUACAACAACUUCCUGGAGCAGCUUCGCAAGGCAUACAGGCCAGAGCUCGUCAAAGAUGGCAAGUUUGGUGCCUUCAUGCAAGUGCACAUUCAGAACGAUGGGCCUGUGACCAUAGAACUGGAAUCCCCAGCUCCUGGUGCUGCUACCUCUGACCCAAAGCAGCUGUCAAAGCUUGAAAAACAGCAGCAAAGGAAAGAAAAGACCAGAGCCAAGGGUCCUUCUGAAUCGAGCAAAGAAAGAAACACUCCCCGAAAAGAAGACCGCAGUGCCAGCAGCGGGGCCGAGGGCGACGUGUCCUCUGAACGGGAACCGUAGGCUCGGGUGCUGGAAUUCAGUGUGCUCUCAUUGGACAGAACUGGAUCCUGAAAAAUUCAAGAUGCCAAGCACCUGCACUGCUUCAAGAAUUUGGAACUGAAAUGUGAGCGGGAAGACAGAAAUGAGAAA